UUCUUCCCUGCACCAACAAUAAAUUCACUUCCACCUUGCUUUCAUUCUCAAUCAUCAAACCAAUCUGCACCUAAGCUACAUUUCUCUAUCUAUUACAUAUGCCUUCUCAUACUACGCCAUGCAUUGUUGUCUUAUCAUGUUUGCUUCUGCUUCUCUCUUUAUCGCAAUGCCAAGGCUUGCUCUCCCCUACAUUUUACAACAAAACAUGCCCCAACGCUCUCAACAUCAUUCGCACCGGCGUUAAUCAAGCCGUGUCUCGUGAGCGUCGCAUGGCGGCUUCCUUGAUUCGUCUCCAUUUUCACGAUUGUUUUGUCCAAGGCUGCGACGCUUCAAUCUUAUUGGACGAAACACCCACCAUGGAGAGUGAAAAGACCGCGUUGCCUAACCUUGGCUCUGCCAGGGGUUACGAGGUGAUAGACGAUAUCAAGCAUGAGUUAGAGACAUCUUGUCCCGGUAUUGUGUCUUGUGCUGAUGUAUUGUCGGUGGCUGCGCGUGAUGCGUCAGUUGCUGUGGGAGGUCCGUCUUGGACAGUGAAGCUGGGAAGAAGAGAUUCCACCAAGGCUAAUCAUACCAUAGCUGAAACGCUUCCCGGCCCUUUUGACAAUCUAGAUACACUCAUAUCCAGUUUCGCUAACAAAGGCCUUUAUGCAAGAGACUUGGUUGCGUUGUCUGGUGCACAUACUAUAGGCCAAGCUCAAUGCUUCCUAUUUCGCGAUAGAAUAUACGACAACGGUACUGACAUUGAUGCGGGUUUUGCUAGCACUAGAAGACGCCAAUGUCCAAAAAACACCGGAAAUGGACAAUUGGCACCACUUGAUGUAGUGACCCCAAACUCCUUCGAUAACAACUAUUACAAGAACCUGUUGCAGAAGAAAGGUUUGCUUCAAUCGGAUCAAGUUUUAUUCAGCGGUGAAGGAACUCACAGUAUUGUUUUAGAGUACGCCAGAAGCCCUCAGUUAUUCGAAGCAGAUUUUGCAUCAGCCAUGAUUAAAAUGUCUGAAAUUCAACCACUCACAGGUCAAAAUGGGAUCAUUAGGAAAGUAUGUGGUGCGGCGCUUCAUUCUUCAAUAUAGUUUUCCUCUCCAUCAAUUUAAUCAAUUGUAUUUUUUUAAUCAAUGUGGCACGACCGAUCUAACCACUAUUUAGUUGGGUGCCACCAAC